GUCCCCCCCCACAAGUCCAAGAAAUCUUUAAUCGAUCGUUCAUGGCAUCUCACACCAAGCACAUUGUCCUCCUCGUAGGAUCAACUGGGAAAACCGGAUCAUCCAUCGUUCGUGCAUUGGCGAAACUGCCGGAGAAAUAUGUUAUAAAAGCCCUCGUACGACGGUCGUCGAUGGACAAGCCUAUCGUUCAAGAAUUUCGAAACCUAGGAGUUGAGAUCGUUCCGGGAGAUUUGGCUGGUGAUACCCAAGAGUCGUUGGAGACUAAAUUGAACAAUGUGGAUAUAGUCAUUAACGCCACUAUACCGGUUGAAGAUGGGAACCAGAACAAACUGUUCCUUGCGGCCAAAAAUGCUAGUGUUAAAAGAGUGGUUCCAUCUGAUUUUGGCCCUUCUGCGCCUCCGGGAGCGAUGAAAUAUCAAGACACUAAACUCAAGAUACGACAAUUCAUAAUCGAAAACGAGAUCCCAUACACUUUCAUCCAAGCUGGGUGGUUGACAUCGCUAUUGUUUCCACAGUCGCAUUCGGUCGUGGGUAAUUCACCGAUGGGAAAACAAUUUUAUGGUUCGGGGAAAGUGAAGACAGCCUAUACCGCCCUCGAACGUGUUGGUGAAUUCGUUGCACGUAUUAUUGGGGAUCCGCGAACCUUGAACCAGACAGUUCAAGCUUACGAUGGCGAGGCUACGCUCGAAGAGGUUUGGACUAUCGCUUCUAAAGUCACGGGAGAGAAUUUUGAUGAUUAUACUCGGGUGAAAAUUGAAUUUCUUUGCCGGUGUUUUGUUUGUUUGUUAAGCGCUGAUUUCACGAACGUUUCUUUUUACUCAUUUAGCUCUCGGCGGAAGAUAUCGAGUCUACCCUCAGAGAUGGACCGGAUUUUCUUACCGCUCUUCUCUUCGAGUAUAACCGGUCGGCGUUGAUUCGUGGGGACAAUACGGUUGAAAAUGCUGUUUCGUUGGGAGCAUUGGAUGCACGAGUUUUGUAUCCUGAUUAUGUCCCGCUUGGGUUGGAGGAGGUUGCGAAGCAGGUUUAUGGCAAGAAUUAAUAGUAACUAGUACUAACUUUUACUCACCUUUGACGUCUUGACCCUUUACUGUACUGUACUGUGAACAAAUCUGAUAAAGCGAGUUUAACGUCUAA